CCGCGGUCUCUCAGUCCGGGAAGUGUCAGGGCUGGAGUGGAGGCUGGUUAUGGGAGGCGAGUAUAGAGCGGCUAGAGCAGCCGGAGCUCCAGAUUCACUUUAAUUAGAGCGGAACAGAGCGCUGCCAACAUGACCAACGUGUACUCUUUUGACGGAAUCCUUGUGUUUGGGAUUCUGUUCAUUUGCACGUGUGCGUACCUGAAAAAGGUCCCUCGUCUGAAUAGCUGGCUUCUGUCGGAGAAGAAGGGGGUGUGGGGAGUCUUUUACAAAGCUGCGAUCAUUGGGACGCGACUGCACUUUGCCGUGGCGCUGUCCUGUUUGGGGAUGGCGUUCUACCUGGUCUUCCUGAAAUGACACGCACAGAGCAGCUGCAUGGACACUGUUUGGACAAUGUGCCCUGGAAUGCAAUUGAAAAUGGGGUACUGGCAAGUGCUGCCAUCUGCUGGUGAGGCGGCACACAGGCUCUGCUCCACCGUUCUGGCUCCUGUGUGGCCUCCACAUACACAGAUACACAUCCACAGUUCAAAUUCCGACUGAAGUGAAGUUUCCCUUGAUGAUUUGAUGAUUUGCUUUAGGCUUGACUUGGAGAAAGAUGACCCCAGGACAUGAUAUACAGAAAUGUGUCUAUCCUGAUUGAGUGUCAAAACAGAUAAAAACUAUGUAUUGGGACAAACAACUCCCCUCAAUAAGCCUGUGUGUUUAAAUAUUCAUCCUGUAACUUAACUGGGUAGAAAGUAUGUUUUGGGCCAAAAUGAAGAAACACUAUUAUCUUUUUUUUUCUGGAUUAUUUACAAUGGAUCCUUUUAAGGAGGGAAAAAGUUUGUGGGUCUUUUUUUUUUGUCUUGGCUGUACAUAAUAUUCAGUCGUUUGAUUGAUCUUAGCUUUCUUAAAACAUGCUAUCAUUUGGCACUGCUGUGCUAACAUUAUAAUAAAUGUUCUAUCACCCAUUUUUAAACUAGCAAACUUGGGGCCCAUCCACACGUAUCUGGAUAUUUUAAAAACUAAAAGUUUUUGACUGAGUUUUAUCACAUUCAUAGAAAAAUGUUUUCACACCAGAAAGUCUGGAACAGAGCCCGGAACCAAAUGCGUUUGUUACAUUGUAUACUGUACAUUUAGUCAUUUUUGUUUAUUGAGCACUCUAAAUAACUUUGAUGCAUUUUGUCAUCAUCACUAAUGUGGUCAAUCCCUCUAUACCCUACACUGAUUGGCUUGUUGAAGGGUGUGUGUAGGAUGGUGGUAUGUUGUCAAUUUCGUGAGUUGCCUUUUCCUCCCACUGCCUAGAAUAUGACCCCCUUCAAAUGGGCAGGCGAAAGUUCCGCAAAGGAACGACUGUAACAGGUUCCACUCAGAUUCCUUUUAUUUCUGGCUUAUAAAGAAGGGUUAAUCUACAGUUACAGUAUAUACAGAAAUUAUAAACUUAAUCUACCACCUUGUCACACUGCAGACAAGGUGGUAGAUUCAGACUGAAACCACCUCUUCUGGUCAGCUCAGAUUUUGAUAAUUUGUCCCAGAAUGUGGUUUGUGGCACUUUUCAUGUGUGCUAUUUUGGUUUAAACCAAACUGCACUGAAAACACUCUUCAGUGUAGUUGUCAUGUGAACAGGGAAAACAAGAAAACACAAUGAACAAGGUCACAUUGCAAGCAUUUGUCUGGCUGACUCUCAUAACCUCCUUACUGUCUAUGUAGUGAAUUAUACAAGUCAUAAAACGUUGGCAUCUGUGUGCAGGUACCACUAGAUUUCAGAUUUCCACAUAUUAAUAAUUAAAUUAAUAAUUAGUAAUAAGAAGUAAUUUGAGUAUUUUUUUUCUACUUUGUGGUGUGUUGAUACUUUUGCCCCUUUCUAGUCAGAAGUAGUGUCAAAUACAGAGAAAGAGAUAUCUUAUUUUUUUAUUAAAAAUCCAGAUACAUGUGGACAGGGCCUUUAGCUCUAUGGGAUGAAUUGGAGGCCUUUAAAUCUUUGUUCCUGAUCAAGAUAUUAACUAAAAGAUAUCAAAAUAUUCACCAGUUUCCAUCUUCUGCAGUUGGAUUUGCACGUGACAUUACUGUACCUUUCACACUCUAUCAUAUGUCUCACAUGGUGGUCAUUCUGUAAAUACACAUCCUUAUUCUCUACCUGUGCAGAAGGAUCAGUACAAUAUGAUGGGAGUGGAAUGUUUGAUAUACAUUGUAAAUAUAUGUGAGAAAUAUAGAUAUACAUUAUUGGGAACCUUCAGAAACAUUGUAAUGGUCUGGGUGGGGUUCUUUUGUUUUAUUUUCUAAAGCAAUACUUUGCUAACUAAUUUGUGGUGUCUCGGUUUUUAGUGAGAUUUAGCAGAAUGUCACUUUUAAUAAAGUUGGAAAUUGGCUCACAUACUUCACUUAUUUAAUCCGUAAACACUUAGUAAAUGCCAAAGUGGUCAUAGCCUUGAUGUCAACAUUGAUGCUGUGCUGUUCUUAUGAAGCAUCUUUGCUAGCUAAUGUAAAACUGAAGGUUUUGGAAUCCUUGUUUUUUUUGUAUUUCAAAUAAAGAUUAUACAUCCUUUCA